UGUCAAACCCUGGCUACGGUUUUAGAUAACAACCGAUGUCCUCAGUCGCCGCCCAGCAUCGCCCCGAGCGACUUUUAUUCAGCCACAAAACGAGAAAGCCUGGCCAACCAUGGCGUUCAGGAAGGCUCUUAAACGGACAGCGAUAAUAGGUGGCGGGGCGGUCGCCACGGUUUUUGGCCUCUCACAGCUGAUUGAGUACAGGAAGACCCAGACUGGAUUGGCUCGGUUAGCUCACGUGGCAGCAGAAGCUGAGCUGAAGGUUCCCUAUGCAGAUGAGCUUCCCUCUAGACAGGCGCAGCUCGCUGCACUGAAGAACACUGAGGAGUUUGAUGUUCUGAUCGUUGGAGGAGGGGCCACGGGGGCAGGAUGUGCCUUAGAUGCUGUCACACGCAACCUCAAGACUGCCCUCGUUGAGAGAAGCGACUUCUCUUCUGGGACGAGCAGUCGGAGUACAAAGCUGAUUCACGGCGGGGUCCGCUAUCUCCAAAAGGCCGUCAUGAAGCUAGACUACGAACAGUACAUGAUGGUAAAAGAGGCCCUCCAUGAGCGAGCCAACCUCCUGGAGAUUGCACCUCACCUGUCUGCUCCGCUGCCAAUCAUGCUUCCUGUUUACAAAUGGUGGCAGUUGCCUUACUACUGGGCAGGGAUUAAGAUGUACGACCUGGUGGCAGGGAUCCAGUGCCUGAAGAGCAGCUACAUCCUUAGUAAGACCAAAGCCUUGGAGCUGUUCCCCAUGCUGAAGAAAGACAAGCUGGUGGGAGCCAUCGUCUACUAUGACGGGCAGCACAAUGACGCCAGGAUGAACCUCGCCAUUGCCCUCACCUCUGCCCGCUACGGAGCUGCCAUUGCCAACUACACCGAGGUGGUCCACCUGCUCAAGACAAAAGACCCUGAAACCGGCAAGGAGAAGGUGUGUGGAGCCCGCUGCAGGGACGUCAUCACAGGGGAUGAGUUUGACGUAAAAGCAAAGUGUGUGAUCAACGCCACCGGCCCGUUCACCGACUCUCUAAGGAAAAUGGACAAUCAGGAGACAGCGAACAUCUGCCAGCCGAGUGCAGGUGUUCACAUUGUCAUCCCCGGUUACUACAGCCCAGACAACAUGGGUCUCCUCGAUCCGGCCACAAGUGACGGGCGUGUCAUCUUCUUCCUGCCCUGGGAGAAGAUGACCAUCGCCGGGACAACUGACACGCCCACCAAUGUGACGGCCCACCCAAUCCCAGGAGAGGACGACAUCAACUUCAUCCUGAGGGAAGUCCGCAACUAUCUGAGCCCUGACGUAGAAGUGCGAAGAGGAGAUGUAUUAGCAGCAUGGAGCGGCAUCCGUCCUCUCGUGACCGACCCAAACUCCAAAGACACCCAGUCCAUCUGCAGAAACCACAUCGUCAGCAUCAGCGACAGUGGGCUGGUCACCAUCGCUGGUGGAAAGUGGACCACCUACAGAUCCAUGGCUGAGGAGACUCUUGACGCUGCAGUAAAACAUCACAGCCUCUCUUCAGAGCCCUGCAAGACCGUGGGUCUGAUGCUAGAGGGAGCAAAGGGCUGGACGCCGACACUCUACAUCCGCCUGGUGCAGGACUAUGGACUUGAAAAUGAAGUCGCUCAGCACCUUGCCUCAACGUACGGAGCAAAGGCCUUCGACGUGGCCAAGAUGGCUCAGGUCACUGGACAAAGAUGGCCGAUCGUUGGAAAAAGAUUGGUGUCAGAGUUCCCUUACAUUGAGAGCGAGGUGCUGUAUGCCAUGAAGGAGUACGCCUGCACAGCUAUCGAUGUGAUCGCCAGACGAACACGCUUGGGCUUCCUGAACGUGCAGGCAGCUGAUGAAGCGCUGCCUCGCAUUGUGCAGAUCAUGGGGAAGGAACUGGGCUGGAGUGAGGAGAAAAAAACGGCAGAGCUUGAAGCAGCCAAGAAGUUUUUGUACCACGAGAUGGGCUACAGGUCUCGGUCAGAGCAGCUGACUAAAACAUCUGAGAUCAACCUGGACUAUCAGGAAGUAGUCAGGUACAAGAAGCGUUUCCACAAGUUUGACAAAGAGAGCAAAGGCUUCAUCACCACUGUGGACGUGCAGCAGGUUCUUGAUAGCAUCAACGUGCAGAUCGAUGAGAACGCUCUCCACGAGAUCCUGAAUGAAGUGGACCUGAACAAGAACGGACAGGUGGAGAUUGAUGAGUUCCUGCAGCUGAUGAGCGCCGUGAAGAAGGGGCUUCUGUCGGACAGCCGACUGGCCAUCCUGAUGAAGUCAGCGGAGGAGACUCUGGAUAAGAGAGGCCCUGUGACAGUGGACCGCAGCGGGGGCGGAGUCUAAGACAACAGAUGAAAUCUGGUCUUUUAUAAGGUGGAGAUAGCGAAUGCAAAUACGCUAUUUGAAUGACAAUAAUGCAAUCAGGCACACGGGGAGAAGAGUUCGGCCAAAUCAGCGUCCCUCCUGAGUGUGUUUUUGGGUGAAACGGUAUCUAAUGAUCGAGGCGGAGGGUUUUAUUCUCAUUAAGUCAGAGUUUUUCUCAGCGUCAGGUGCCUCUGAUUUUACACAACACAUAGUUAAUCUGUUUUAUACUGUCUUUUAAACAAACUUUGAUAUUUUAAUCAUUACAUCUUCUCUGAAAAACUCCUUUUUAACACGAUCCACUGAUUGUUGAGGAAACAUUCUUCUCAGUGCGAUGCAGCUUUUUCUGUCGGCAACUAAUCUUUUAGUUAUGCUUUAUUUUACGGGUCCAUUACCUCAUUCUAACUCCUUUAAAAUAUCCUGGAAAAAUUAGAAAACUUUGUUUUAUUAAUAGAAAAAUAAAGAGACAGUGUUCACAUAACAUCAAGAAGCUUUUAGGCACUGUUUUGUGGUAAUCAUUGAAGUUCACAUGGGUGGUGUUGAAAGCUUCUUAAAGAGAAUGUUUUGUACCUUGUAAAGUAACCCGGUGUAUUUAGUGUUUAUGUAGACAAAAAAAUUGUAACAUGUUUGUUCAAAGAUUAGGCUUUAUCUACUUUAAUAUAUUUGCUUGCCACAUGAAGAAAUAACGGUAAAGCACAACAAGAAAUCAAGCAGAGUUUAAGAGAUUUUAACUUUAAUAGAUGUUCAGUGUUAAUUGUGCUGCAAAUAAGCAUAAAAAAUAGAACGGAUUAGGUAUGAGGACUUAAAUCACCAUGGAAAAUUUAUCACUGUGAUUUAAAUAUUUUGAUAGGCAAUAAAAUUGCUGCAGUAAGAGAUUUAUUUAUGAAUUACUACUAAACUUAACAAAUCCAAAGGGGUUCAAUCCCCUUUACUAGUCUGAUGUGUUUGCAAAUUGUGACCCUUUUUAUAAUUUGGUUGGACAUCUGUACUGGAAAUUCAGAUCCAAGUUGAUGGCUUACUUACACCAAUCUAGCCCUGUUGAGGAGUAAUUUCAGUCUAACAGGACAUCGCAAGAUUUUUUUGCUAAAUAGUUUCUUACUGCUUCCUUUAAAGGCAUGGCAAGCUGUUAAACAGGCCCCACUAGCCUCUUUGCUCAUGGUGAGGUAUCCCAGCGUGCUAUGUACAUGAAGCUGCUGGUGAUGCUAAUAUCAAUCCCCAAUUACUUGUUGAAGGGGGGAUUAAUAGAGAGAGGUCCGACUGCAGACCACUGAUUUCUGACAGCCACUCUCACAGACCAUUCAUCUGAGACGCGGGUUUAUCUCAGAAAGGAAGUGCCAAACAAAGCCUGUUGGUUACAUUCAUGAAAUAAUCAUGUAGCAAAUAUCACAGAAAAAGCA